UGGCCAUUGAUUCUCAAUUAAACACUCGGUCAAUUGUUUGCCAAAACUACAUCUAUCAUUCAUACAACUCACAUGUGACGUUGAGGUCAUAAAGUUAACAUCACUCCACCCAACUGCAUCAAACCCUAUCAAAUCUCGCCAAGACCGCUGACAAACGCAUCGUCGCAUCUCACUCAAUCCCAAUGCUUCACAGAAUUCAACACGGGCACGACGCCCAUCACGAGCACCAUAUGCGCAACUCAACUGAAGCUCUCGAACAGGCCCGAGGCGAUGGCAAGCGCCAUAUUCUCCUCGCCGCCUCUGGUUCCGUGGCGACAAUUAAGCUCGUUCAGAUUAUAAAUGGUCUCAAAUCACAACACAACAUCUCCAUCCGUCUCAUCCUCACUCGAUCAGCAUCGGAAUUUCUCUCAGGACAAAGUCUUGAACAACCCACUGUUGAUCAAAUCUCUCGUCUUCCGCAUGUCGACGCUGUUUAUACAGAUGCGCAUGAGUGGGCACAGCCGUGGAAGCGCAAUGCACCGAUUUUGCAUAUUGAGCUACGACGCUGGGCGGAUGUUUUGGUUAUUUCACCAUUGAGCGCGAAUACUAUGGCCAAGAUUGUCAACGGCAUGUGCGAUAAUCUCUUGACGUCUGUUGUUCGAGCUUGGGAUGUUACGGGGACUGUGGACGGUGUUAAGAAGAAGAUUCUUGUCGCGCCUGCGAUGAACACUUGUAUGUGGAAUCAUCCCAUCACUGCGAGACAGCUGCGAGUCUUGGAGGAUGAAUGGGGUGGGGAGAAUGGUUGGUUUGAGGUUCUGAGACCGAUAUCAAAGAAUUUGGCUUGUGGUGAUGUUGGAAAUGGUGCCAUGGUUACGUGGGAGACUAUCGUUGAGGCGAUUGAGAACAAGAUCAAGGCUUAAGGAACGAUAUGAGCACCAAAAGUUAAACGACAGAAUUGAGUUGUUUUCAGCGAGCCUGGAGUAAGUUUACUGGUCGCGAUAUUGCGUUUGAGUUCUGGGGAACGAAAUACAUGACAGAGCCGUAGGGUAAUUUGAUGAUGGAAUUGAUACCACAAAAACAAGGGACAUUUCUGAAGGCACAGGCAGGCAUGAAUCAGUGAUCAAUAUGAUUCUGAAUAAAAAUUGAAAGAUUGAUAUUGGAAUUGGAAU